AUGAAACGUUUCCAGGAAGCAAUCAACAAAAUUUCCAACCUGGAUGAGCGUGAGGCUCUGAGCAUAUUCCGAAGAAACCUGGACCCGGAACAAAAUGAAAGAUAUGUGGUCGAGUUGAUUAACAAAGAACCCCAGAGCCUGGCAGCUGCCUAUGCCAUGGCCGCGAAAUUCAUUAAGGAAACCGACGUACUCCAAGCCAUGAGAAUGACCCGACAGGGUAGCUUAAAAGGGAAACAGGUCGAGGACAGACCUAGAAAAGAAUAUCACCAGGACAAGAAAUUCAAGCCAGAUAGACAAACCAACUUCAUCCAGCAUUCAGGUUCUAAGAGAGCCAGCCAACCAGGAUCCGGGUCUAGAAGUGAUCCCGGCCCAAACAGACCAGCCAGAGAGCCAAAACCAGAGCCCGAAUGGACUCCCCUCAACCGAUCCAGGGAAGACAUACUCAAGGAGAUCCGGGACAAACCUUUCUAUUAUGCUCCAAAACCCAUGCAGACUCCUCCAGAGAGCAGACCCACCAACCGCCAUUGUGACUAUCAUGGCACCCACGGUCACAAGACGGAAAACUGCAUAUCCCUCAAGUAUUUCAUUGAAGAGCAAAUCAGCAAAGGCAACAUGGGGCAAUACAUAGCCCGGAACACAGCAAACAAGGGAGAAGGUUCGGGGAAACAAAAGAACAUAGUCAAUGUGGUCUUGGGAGGAUCCUGUUCCCCUCCUCCCAGCCCGGACUCAUGUCAAGAGGUAAUGUCCAUACAAACCUUCCCCGAACAAGUCAUUUCCUUCAGCAGCAAGGACUUCGAGGGGGUCACCCGGGGUCACAAUCAGGCCUUGGUGGUAACCUUGGAUAUAGCCGAGAAUGAGGUUAGACGGAUCCUAGUCGACAACGGCUCUUCAGCAAACAUCUUGUUCAAACAUACCAUGGACCGAAUGCAACUAGGGAACAUCCGGAUGAACGACUACAGGGAGGACCCCCUAUACGGAUUCGGGAACAGCAUUGUCCCGGUCCUGGGAACCCUUUACCUCCCGGUCCGUUUUGGCACAGCCCCAACCCAGGUCGUCCACAUGAUCAAAUUCUAUGUCACAGACACACCUUCCUCCUACAAUGUGAUCAUUGGCCGUCCGGGUCUAAACAAAAUCGAAGCCAUCACUUCUGUUACGCACCUGAAAUUCAAGUUCCCAACCCCGUUUGGGGUAGGAGAAGUCAAAGGAGAUUCGGAAACAGCCGGGGUAUGUUUCAGUCAAGCCUUGGUAAUGGCGGAAACACAUAUGGACAACAAAAGAAAAGCAACGGUCUUCCAAAAACAAAGAAGCAACAAAAAACAGACCUUACCCAAGAACAAACUCCAAAGGUGA